AUGCGCCCCUUCCCCACCGGCGUGCUGACGGUGCUGGUGUACGCCGCCUUUGCGGUGUUCCUUGCACCGCCCGCAGCUGCGAUUGGCGUAGUGAGUAUUGACUACGGCACGGAAUGGAUCAAGGCUGCGCUGGUCAAGCCCGGCAUGCCCUUUGAUGUUGUGCUGAGCCGCGACUCGAAGCGCAAGGUCCAGGCGAGCGCCGCCUUCAAAGGCAAGGUGCCUGCCGACGGCAACCUUGCGCGGCAGGAGCGCCUGCUUGGCAGUGAUGCGUAUGCGUACGCAUCGCGCGACCCCCUGCAGAGUUUCCACGCGGCCAAGCUCCUCCUUGGCCAGUCGUGCAAUGCGUCGUUCCCCCGGGCGGUCGAGAUGUACCGCGAUGUGUUCGGCAACGACGUUGUGCCCCUCUCCUGGAACUCGACGGGUUCGUCGUGUGUCCUGCGUCCCUCGCCGGAGAGCGAGGCGUUCUGGCGCCCCGAAGAGAUUGUCGGCAUGGAGCUCGACCACAUCCGGGAGCUUGCCGAGGACACCGCCGGCGAGAUGCUCAGCAUCGGCGUCGUGGCCGGUUCGCAGGGCUACUUUGGCGCGCAGCGCGGCCUCGACACGGUGAUCACCGUGCCGAUCUUCUUUACGGCGCUCGAGCGCCAAGCGUUGAUGGACUCUGCGCUCCUUGCCGGAUUCCGCCCCCACAUGAUCAGCGACGGUGCGGCGGCGGCCGUGAACUACGUGCAGAGCCGCUCGUUCCCCAAGCCCGAGCGCCACAUUUUCUUUGACGUCGGUUCCGGCGCGUCGCGUGCGUCGCUUGUGGAACUCUCGGAGAAGCCGGCGCCCGAGGCCAAAGGCAAGGUGCUCACCGACGUGCGCGUCGUCGACGCCGCGUGGGAGCGCGAGGCCGGUGGUCUGGCGCUUGAUAUGCUCGUGCGCGACCUGCUCGUCGAGCAGUUCGACAAGCAGCACGGUGCUGCGAUCCAGGGCUCGGUCAAGAGCGACAAGCGUGCGAUGGCGCGUCUCCUGCGUGAGGCGAACCGCGUGAAGCAUGUGCUGUCUGCGAACGCCGCGGCGGUGAGCAACGUCGAGUCGCUUACGCACGACAUCGACUUCCGUGCGUCGAUCGAGCGCGAGGCGUUUGAGGCGGCGAUGAAGAGUGCGGGCCUGUUGGACCGCAUCACCUCGCCGCUGACCGAGCUGCUGCAGCGCACGAAGCGUACGAUGAACGACAUCGACUCGGUGGUGCUCAUUGGCGGAUCGACGCGUGUCCCGGCGGUGCACGCGGCGCUGCGCGCGGCUGGCAUUCCCGAUGCGAAGCUCGCGGUGAAUGUCAACGCGGACGAGGCGGCGGUGAUGGGUGCGGCCGCGUACGGCGCGACGAUGCAGCCGUCGCUGCGUAUGAAGCAGGUGUCGGUCACCGACGGCAACAUGUACGCGGUCGACAUGAGCGACGUCUCGACGCAGCAGCACACGACCAUCUUCCCUGCUGGCCCCCGUGAGCACGAGCAGUUCCACUACGAGGUCGAGGGUGCGGACGAGGACUUUGGCGUGACGCUGUCGUAUGCGCCCGAGUCGCUCGCGCGCCUGCCGAAUGGCGAGCAGGGCCCCCUGAUGCAUGUCCAGCUCGAAGGCAUCAGUGCGGUGCUUGGCGAGCUGCGUGCCGCGAAUGAGCUCAAGAACGUCGACGUGCUUGUCAACGCGACGAUCUCCACGUCGCCGCCUGGUGUGUACACCGUGCACAAUGCGAACCUCAAGGUGACGCCCAAGACGACCGUCGCCGGAGCGCUGAAGAACUUCUUUAAGCUGUCGGACGAGCCGGCGGCGAACGCGACGAAUGCCACCGAGCCGAUUUCCUCCGAAAAGGUCGAGUCGCUGACGCUCGACACGCGCUACCUCACGCGCUCGGUGCCGCUGGCGGGCACGGACAAGCUCAAGUCGCUCGAGCGCCUGCGCCUGAUUGUGCACGAGGCCAAGCAGCGUGUGCUCAAGGACACGGCCUCGAACCAGCUCGAGGCGACGCUGUACCAGGCGCGCGAGCUGCUCGACGACGCCACGUUUGCGCCGUCCGUCGCCGCGUCCGAGCGCAAGUCGAUCCUCGCCGGCGCGGACAAGACGGCCGAGUACCUUGCCGGCGCCGUCGAGGACGCGAGUGCCGACGAGGUCCAAAAGCGCCUGCGCGAGCUGCACAAGCUCCUCGAGCCGGCGAAGCGCCGCGUCGAGCAGGCGGCCAAGCGCCCGGCGGCGACGACGGCGCUGCGUGCGACGCUGGACGAGGGCACGGCGUUCAUCCAGGAGGCCAAGGCGAACCUCACCGAGGCGCUCAAGGCGUCGGCCGCGAGCAAGUACACCGCUGCUGAGCUCGACUCGCUCACCUCGCAGCUCGACAAGGACCGCAAGUGGCUCGACGACGGCGAGCGCGCGCAGGCCUCGCGCAAGGCCGACCAGGACGCGGUGCUCCUUGCAGAGGACAUGGACCGCCGUGCAAAGAAGGUGCGCGAUGCGCUCACGCGCCUGCGCCGCCGCCGCAUUCCCAAGACGCGCCCGAAGAAGAAGGAGAGCGCGAGUGCGAGCGCCACCGAGAGCCCCACCGAGAGCGCCACCGCCACCGGCAGCGCCACCGAGAGCGCCACCGAGAGCCCCGCCUCCAGCACCUCCACCUCGGCCACGCCCGAGGUGCCGAUCCACGAGGAUUUGUAG